GGCUGUCGUCUCUUAAAGCCAGUCUAUCCCACAUUCGACACUCCGCUUUACAGGCACAAAAACAAACACCCAGCCAUAGUUAAGCCACUGUUUUUUUGUUUCUGGCAAGCCAAUUUCUCCUCUCAAGUCGUAAGCCACCGCCAUCUUCAGUGUCACCGUCGACUUUCUUUUCUGUUGGCCUGGUCAAACUCACCAUCAAUUUUUCCCUCUGAUCGCACAUGGGCGAGCAAACCCAACUCCAACCACAACCGCAACCGCAACCGCAACCACAGCCUCAAUCCAAUCCCCCUCCGCCUACACCUCCACCUCCCCAAUCCCUAUCCCAAUCGCAAUCCCACUCCCACUCGCAACCCCAAUCUCAAUCUCCGAUCAAAGCCCAGGUUCAAACGCAAACUCAACCACAGCCCCUUCAUGACUCCACCACUACGUCGACCAUUACCACCACUAAUGAAUUGACCACUAUUCCUCAGCAAACCGUUUCUCCUCCGGCCAAAAUUCCUCCUUCUCGCCCCCGUAAAAUCCGUAAACUCUCUCCGGACGACACAGCUACCACCGCCACCGACCCUAAUUCCUCACAAUUAACCACCACUACAAAUGAACCUCCAAAAACGACAGCCAAAUCCGCCAAAACCAGAAUCGCCCAGACGAAAGCCAUUGUUGUGGCACCUCCCCGCAUCAUUCCGAGAUCGCUGUCCUGCGAAGGUGAGGUGGAGAACGCGAUUCGCCAUCUUCGCGAUGCCGAUCCACUUCUCGCAUCUUUAAUCGACCUCCACCCUCCCCCUACCUUCGACACUUUUCACACUCCGUUCCUUGCCUUGACUCGAAGCAUUCUUUACCAGCAGCUCGCUUUUAAAGCUGGCACUUCAAUCUACACUCGUUUCAUCGCUUUAUGUGGUGGAGAGGCUGGUGUCCUCCCCGGGACAGUUCUUUCUUUGACCCCUCAACAGCUCCGACAAAUUGGGGUUUCGGGGCGCAAAGCCAGUUAUCUUCAUGAUCUCGCUAGAAAGUAUCAUAAUGGGAUAUUGUCGGAUACUGCAAUUGUAAAUAUGGAUGAUAAGUCUCUUUUCACUAUGCUUACUAUGGUUAAUGGAAUUGGUUCUUGGUCGGUGCAUAUGUUUAUGAUUUUUUCGCUGCAUAGACCGGACGUGUUGCCCAUUAACGAUCUUGGGGUGCGCAAAGGAGUGCAGUUGCUGUACAAUUUGGAAGAUUUGCCUCGUCCAUCGCAGAUGGAUCAACUGUGCGAGAAAUGGAGGCCGUACAGGUCGGUUGCGUCUUGGUACCUUUGGAGAUUUGUGGAGGCUAAAGGGUCCCCUUCGAGUGCUGUGGCAGUGGCAACUGGUGCUGGUAUGACACAGCAACAACAGGAGGAACAGCAACCUCAGCUCCUCGACCCAAUUAAUAGCAUUCUCAACCUCGGGGCCUGUGCUUGGGGACAAUGAUUGGGACUCGGGAUCAAUUAGUUGAUAAACUCUAUCAAGCAACCUAUUUGAGAAGUGCUUAUGAAUCGGCGAAAGAAAGGUACUCGUUGCUCAUUGUAGGCUUGGACAUUUUAGUAGUUAAGAGAGAUGUGUAUUUUGUCUAGUAAACUUGCUUUGAAAAUUGAAUAAAGACCUCAUGUGCCGAAGUUCUACUGUCUGUUAAGAGACUGGAUUUUGUUGUCAAAACACUCUUACAAGACAUUAUAGAGUUAAAGAGCUUCAUUUUUUCUACCAU